AGUCGAUCCGACGUCGCGGCAACAGGCUCAAUCGGGCCCAGCGUGGUGCACUCGGAACGUUUUUCUGCCGCCGCCAUCGACGUAUACAGUUUGUGUCGUGAUUUUCCGUUUUUGAUUUUCCCGUGUCGUGUGCUCGCGUCGAGUUUGAGAGCGAUUUUCGCCGGUCUGUGUUGUGGCAUUUCGAAUAACCUCCACCGCGUCCUCAGAGUAAAAUAGGAGAAGAAAUACUAAAACUAGUCCAACGUUACUUGAAAAAUGACUUCAAAAGACGACCAAAGUCCAAAGUCAAGUGGCAGUCUUCGUAAACCAUUUUUGUUGACGGCUGGUUCCAAAAGCGUGGACGACCAGAAGACCCGUCAUGACAGUGGUAGUAAGGCUUCACUAUCGUCCGUCAAAUGGCACUCAGCGCCGGCCACAGAACGUGAAGAUGGAAGACCGUCAUCACCGUCCGCACACAAGUCGACAUCAGCGGCGAUCGAAGUGUCCACUGCCGGUGGUGCCGGUGGUUGGAGACCGCUUCAGAGGCAAAAGGUGGUGACCGCGGCACCGACGCUCGAAGAGGACGAGGACGGACGCCCUUCUGUGACAGCGGCUGCAGCCGACACUGACCGGUCAUCGCGAAAACGGUCAGCGGUGGUGCGUCGCGGUUACAGUUGCCAGGAACCGUGCGCUGCCCGCCGGCCGAUGACGAUGAACAAUUGCGGUUGCGUGGCCGUGGGCGGCGUAGGUGGCACCAUCACUGCGGCCGGCGAGAACAGAAGACGCUGGCUGUCGGCGGACACGGGUGGCAACGGUCAUGCGGUGGCCGGCACCAGCCGGUCUAUGGAGUGCCUUCCGUCUCCCCAACCGCCGUCCACGCCACACCACCUUCACCGAACCAGCUUCAUAAUGGCCGCGGACGACCGAAAGUCUCUGGACAGUGGCCUGGACGACGUGGCGGCCACGGCCGCUGCAGCUGAGAUGGCCGACCGCCGGCGUGGCAUAUUCGCGUCCACCCGGACAUCCGUGCCGUCACACCUGUCGCUCGCCUUGCCGUCGUGCGAACGCCGCUUGACCAUCUUGUCGCCGCACACACACACGCCGACCACCCCCGCCUUCUACUCGACGUCGGCGUCCACCGAGACCGCUUGGCACUUUUGCACAUCAUCCGCGGCGGCUGCCAUGUCGUCGUCCACUUCGUUCGCAUCCCACUCUACCGCGGCCGCGUCGUCCAUGUUCACCUCCACAGCUGCCGCAAACGCCGCGUCCACCUGCAGGCCCCGCAAGAAGACACGGCCCGGCAUGGUGUUGCCGCGUCUAGUGCUACCCGGAAGUUCCGACUUGGACAUAUUCUCACAUUUUGAUGUGGAAAAUGGAGCUGGUACAAGUCCUGGUAGAUCACCACUGGACGGUGGAGGCACAUCCCCGUCUGCGGGUCUGGUGCUUCAAAAUUUGCCACAGCGUCGGGAGUCGUUCUUGUACAGGUCUGACUCCGAUUUCGAAGUGUCACCAAAGUCCAUGUCUAGGAAUUCGUCCAUUGCCAGUGAAAGAUUGAAAGAGACUGAAGCCAUUUUGGAAAGAUCAACCCAUGGCGAAGAUCUCAUCGUUACACCGUUUGCACAAAUACUGGCGAGCCUCCGAAGCGUCCGCAACAAUUUCUUGAGCCUCACCAAUGUACCAUCACAAAAGUCUCGGAGAUCAUCCGGCGCCACGGGCAACAGUACUCCCCAAAGCCGUGUUGUCAAUCCCGGAGAUGAUGCAUAUCUCAAGAUGUCCAUUGAGACUAUCGAGGAACUGGAUUGGUGUUUGGAUCAAUUGGAAACCAUCCAAACACAUAGAUCAGUUUCAGACAUGGCAUCGUCGAAAUUCAAAAGGAUGCUUAACAAAGAGCUUAGUCACUUCUCCGAGUCUAGUAAAUCUGGAAAUCAAAUAUCUGAAUACAUUUGUUCUACGUUUCUUGACAAACAACAAGAGCUGGAUAUACCAUCACUGCACACCGACGAUAACCAACAAGACGAAGCUCGACAGAACUCUAACAAGGCGUCGUCGUCCUCUGGUGCGUCGACCAGUUCUCAGUCUGGCUCGCAGUCCAAGAAAAAAGACGUGAAGUCCAAAGUGACGCCGAUGUCUCAUAUAUCGGGGGUAAAGAGGGCCUUGUCACACACAAACAGUUUCGCCGGCGAACGAUUGCCAAAAUUCGGCGUGGACACGCCCAAGGAAGAAGAAUUGGGAAAUACUUUGGCCGAAAUAGACAAAUGGGGUAUCGAUAUAUUCCGGAUAGCCGAUCUGACCAACAACCGGCCCCUGACAGCCAUAGCGUAUACUGUGUUCCAGAACCGAGAGCUAUUGAAAACGUUCAUGAUUCCUGCAAAAACGUUUGUUGCGUUCAUGAUGACCCUAGAGGAUCAUUACGCCAAAGACAAUCCUUUCCACAAUAGCACACACGCGGCUGACGUCGUCCAGUCCACCAACGUUCUGCUAAACUCGCCGGCUUUGGAGAGCGUUUUUACUCCGCUGGAAAUCACCGCUGCCCUUUUCGCAGCUGCCAUACACGACGUUGACCAUCCCGGACUGACCAAUCAGUUUCUUAUCAACUCGAGUUCUGAAUUGGCUCUGAUGUACAACGACGAGUCCGUGCUCGAAAACCAUCAUUUAGCUGUGGCUUUCAAACUUUUACAGAACGACGGGUGUGACAUAUUCCAGAACAUCAACAAAAAACAAAGACAAACUCUGAGAAAAAUGGUUAUCGACAUGGUACUUUCCACUGACAUGUCCAAACAUAUGAGCCUGUUAGCUGACCUCAAGACCAUGGUGGAAACAAAAAAAGUGGCCGGUUCCGGGGUAUUGCUGCUAGACAACUACACCGACAGAAUACAAGUCUUGCAAAACUUGGUACAUUGCGCUGACUUGAGUAACCCUACCAAACCGUUGGAACUAUACAAACGAUGGGUCGACCUGUUGAUGGAGGAAUUCUUCCAGCAGGGCGACAAAGAGCGAGAACAAAACUUGGACAUUAGUCCAAUGUGCGACAGGCACAGUGCUACGAUCGAAAAAUCACAGGUCGGAUUCAUCGAUUACAUCGUGCACCCUCUGUGGGAGACGUGGGCUGACUUGGUGCAUCCCGACGCCCAGGAAAUACUUGAUACCCUCGAAGAAAACCGAGACUGGUACCAGAGUAUGAUUCCACCCAGCCCGCCCAACGACGAGUCUGAAGACCGUGACAGCGGUGACGACGACGACUCUAAGCCUUCGGCCAGUGACCAGGACCCAAACAUCAGGUUCCACGUGACGCUUGAGGAAGGCGAUGAAGACUCGGUGGCCGCGAUGUGACGCAAACUAGUCGGCUGGUGUCGCAAGCUGGGCGAAAAAGUCAACUCCUGGUGGAGGACCAAACAAUGAGCAAAACAACGAGCGACUCACCUCGUCCCCGUCGCUUGGCAAAAAAAUAAAAAACCACAACAACGCCCCUUGUCCCUCCCCCCAAGAAUUACAUGGUGUGUUCGUGUAUUUGUGUGUGUGCGUGUGUAUACGUGUGCGUGUGCGUUUGCGUGUGCGUAUGCGUGUGCGUGUGCGUGUGCGUGUGCGUGUGCGUGUGCGUGUGCGUGUGCGUGUGCGUGUGCGUGUGCGUGUGCGUGUGCGUGUAAGGAAUCUAUCCAAAACGCUUUUUUUUCUGUCUAUGUAAAAAAUUAAAAACAAGUUUAAAAAAAGAUAAUGAUUAAUGAUAAUAAUAAACAAAAAACGAAAAAAAAAUAAUUAACUGCAAAUUCCUUUAAUCUCAUUUACAUAUAGUUAUAUAUACAUGAUAAUAUAUAAAACACGGAUAAAAAAAAAAAAAAACACUUUAUUAUUAAUAAUAUUUUGAUGUAAUUUUGUUGUUAUACAUUUAGGUACGUAUUAUUAAUUAUUAAUUAAUGUUAGUUUGUGUUGUUCGGAGAGAGAAUUUUGCUCGUUUGUUUGUUUUUUUUUUCUUUUUUUAUUAUUGAAUACCGUUUUUGUAGUUAUUCUUCAUUUGAUUUUUCAAAUAAUUAUCUUUCUUGUUUAGUCAUUAUUUUAAUAUUUAUUGAUGUUAUAGCUGUUUAAUAAAAAGAAAUGAUGUUACACAUAAGAAUAUAUACAACUAACUAUUGUCAUAAUAAUUAAUAGUUAUAUUAUUAAUCUUAUAUCUUUCGGACAUAUAAUUUUAAAUAAAACAAACAAGAUAUGUAUAUCCCUGAAAAUGAACCUAACCUGACUAAAAUAUCGUGUGACAAAGUAAAGUUUGAUUUUCUGAUCAUACUGUAAGCAUGGACAUUUUGGUUUUGAUCUUUUUUUAUAUACCUACAUAUAAUAUUUUUUUUUAAACUUUUAAUUCAAGUUUUUAUAAAAAAAAAUAUAUAUGACUUUCCUUUAAAUUUUACCAUUUCCAAGUAUAUUUAAAUCUUAUUUGAAUUCAUAGUUUGGUGUACUAUUGGUAGUUAAAAAAAUAUGAAACCAAAAAAUAAUAAUAUUAAAAUCGUAAUUUAAAAAAUGAGAUUUUAUCCAGCUUUAAAAUAUGUUCCAUAUGAAUCAACGGUAAAAUAAUUCGAUGAUUAUAAUUUUUGCCAAGACAAAAUAGAAAUGCAUAAUAUGACUUUUUUAUCAUAGUUAAAAUUUUUACACAUUUUAAUACCUUCGUUUAUUGCCUGUAUUAUACGACACAGCUAAGUCUCUGAAGACUUUCGAUUGAGGCUGCGAUUUUCUUUCGUCUACCACAAGUGUACACGUUACUUUUUUCAGUUGGGUUCAUACAUUUUCCUUUCUAUUCUUACAGAUUCAGAAAUAUUUACUAUAUUUUCAGAUUCCAUUUGUCAAUUCACUUGCAUUUCUCUUCCGAUAGGUAGUAAUUUAUUUAUUAUUUACUAUUUAGGUAUACUUGCAAAUGUAAUGUUACCUUUCAUUGUAUUUUCAAAUGUGUAUAUUAUAUAGUAUUAUUUAUAUAUUAUGUAUACAUUUGUUGAAUAUAAUAAUUAUUAGUAUGUAUUCAUUUUAUAAUUUAAAAGACUAGUCAAUUUUUCGCCAAAUAUUUGUACAAAUUUUACUACCCUCCCUGCCCAGGCCCCCCAUCACCCUUUUUAAGUUUAUUUAAUAUUCUUUUUUUCUAAAAUCCACGUUUGUCUAUUGACUGUCUAUUUUAUAUAAGCUUGG